AUGGCUGCUCCAAUUUCUACCGUCGCGGAGACCAAGGAGCUCCGGGGUCUCAACCUCAUCGCUGCUCAUUCACACAUUCGAGGACUCGGUGUCGAUGCAGACAGCCUACAGCCUAGGGCUUCCUCUCAAGGGCUGGUGGGCCAGGAGAAGGCGAGGAAGGCUGCCGCAGUGAUUCUGCAAAUGGUCAAGGAAGGCAAGAUUGCCGGUCGCGCGUUGCUGAUUGCCGGCCCUCCUAGCACUGGUAAAACAGCCAUCGCCAUGGGUAUGGCGCAAUCCCUCGGAUCCGAUGUUCCCUUCACAAUGCUCGCAGCGUCGGAGAUCUUCUCCAUGGAGAUGUCCAAGACCGAGGCGCUCACGCAAGCCUUCCGCAAAUCGAUCGGCGUUCGUAUCAAGGAGGAGAGUGAAAUCAUCGAGGGUGAAGUGGUUGAAAUCCAAAUCGACCGCAGCGUUACUGGUGGAAACAAACAAGGCAAGCUCACCAUCAAGACGACCGACAUGGAAACGAUCUACGACAUGGGAACAAAGAUGAUCGACUCAAUGACCAAGGAACGAGUGAUGGCCGGUGACAUUAUCUCCAUUGACAAAUCUUCGGGAAAGAUAACCAAGCUGGGACGUUCUUACGCUCGGUCGCGCGACUACGAUGCGAUGGGAGCGGACACAAAGUUUGUCCAAUGCCCUGAGGGUGAACUCCAGGUUCGCAAGGAAAUCGUGCACACCGUCAGCCUUCAUGAGAUCGAUGUGAUCAACUCGCGGUCACAAGGAUUCUUGGCUCUCUUCUCUGGAGAUACCGGUGAGAUCAGGAGUGAAGUGAGGGAUCAGAUUAACACCAAGGUGGCGGAGUGGAAGGAAGAAGGAAAAGCCGAGAUUAUCCCGGGAGUCCUUUUCAUUGAUGAAGUGCACAUGCUUGACAUUGAAUGCUUCUCUUACAUCAACCGCGCUCUGGAGGCGGAACUGGCACCCAUCGUCAUCAUGGCUAGCAACCGGGGCCACGCCCGGAUUCGUGGUACGACAUACAGCUCUCCGCACGGUCUUCCCCUGGAUUUCCUCGACCGCGUGGUGAUUGUCAGCACACAGCCCUACUCUGCCGAUGAGAUUAGGCAGAUUCUGGCGAUUCGCGCCCAGGAGGAAGAGAUCGACCUUUCUCCGGACGCUUUGGCGCUGCUCACCAAGAUCGGCCAGGAGUCAAAUCUACGCUAUGCCAGCAACAUCAUCACCACCUCCCAUCUGCUCAGCCAGAAUCGUAAGGCGAAGGAGGUCAGCAUUGAUGACGUCCAGCGCAGUUACCGGCUGUUCUACGACCCUGCACGGAGCGUCAAAUUUGUCAGCACAUACGAACAGCGUUUCAUCGGCGAUCAAGGUGCCGUUAGCUUCAUUGCUCCUACAAACGGAGAUGCGAUGGAGCUUUCAUAG